GAACGAGCAGUGAAGGCAGGCGUUCCCGCUAAGUCGUUCCUCAGCAACGCCGCCGCCGCCACAGCCUUCUCUCACUCUUUAGGGCUUCGUGAGCAUCGUCUCUGCUCGAAAUGGUGGGACUAUCCAUAGGAGAAAAGCAUUUUAUACAGGGUGGCAUUGCUCAGGAUCUUCGUUCUGAUGGCCGAAAAAGAUUGACGACUCGACCCAUCUAUGUUGAAACUGGAGUCAUUUCUCAGGCAAAUGGUUCGGCAAGGGUCAGGAUGGGUGCCACAGAUGUCAUUGCCAGUGUGAAGGCUGAACUUGGAAGGCCGAAUGUGUUGCAACCUGACAAAGGAAAGGUCGUUGUAAAUGUUGAUUGCAGUCCCACUGCUGCACCAAUGUUUGAGGGUAGAGGGGGUGAGGAGCUGUCAGCAGAACUCUCAGUUGCUCUUCAAUGUUGUCUCUUGGGUGGUAAAAGUGGAUCUGGUGCUGGAAUUGAUCUCUCCUCUCUGGUAGUUGUGGAAGGAAAGAUCUGUUGGGAUCUUUACAUCGACGGCCUUGUUGUUAGUUCAGAUGGGAAUCUGCUAGAUGCCCUAGGUGCUGCUAUAAAGGCUGCUUUAAGUAAUACAGGCAUCCCAAAAGUAAAUGUUGCAGCCGGUGCAUCAGGCGAUGAGCAACCAGAGGUUGACGUAAGCGAUGAGGAAUUUCUGCAAUUUGACACAUCUAGGGUCCCUGUCAUAGUUACAUUAACAAAGGUAGGUCGGCACUAUAUUGUAGAUGCCACUUCAGAAGAGGAAUCACAAAUGAGCUCGGCUGUUUCUAUUUCCAUCAAUAGGCAAGGCCACAUUUGUGGGUUGACCAAACGGGGCGGUGCCGGCCUAGAUCCAAGCAUCAUUCUUGACAUGAUAUCUGUGGCAAAAACAGUAAGUGAGCAGCUGAUAAACACUUUGGAUUCUCACAUAGCUGCUGCUGAAGCUGGCGAAGAGGAGUCGUGACAUAAUUAUAACCUCUGAUAUAUUUAAGUAGGUGGGUUUUGAGCAGGUCCUAGGUAUAUGAAAAUUGUAAUGCUGGUAACUUUACAUAAAGCUGAUGAGAACGUUUGAUUUGUUGUAUGCAUAUUUGACACCUUUUAACCAAAAUUAGCAUCAGCAUAGUAUGGAAGCUUUUGCAGUUCA